AUGAUGCAUCAAAUUUGGCUUCUCGUCAACGAGACAAUCAUCAACACUCAACAUUACAUUCAAAAGCAGAAUCUCACAGAGAUGGACGCUGUCAUCUCAUGUGACCAUUUCAGAAAAUUACUCAACUUCAACCACGACAACCCCGAAAAUAUCGAGUUCUGGCUACUAAGCGAGUCCGUCCACCAUGCCGAAAGAGUUAAAAAUGACCAGGAACUAUACCUACUCUGGAAAACCCACUGUCAGGACGACCAUGAAAUCACGAUUAUAGCACGACCAAAGAGCGACUCCUCAUCGACUCCAAGCAAUGAGUCUGGCGCAUUGUGUAUAUUUGUCGAAAGGCUCAAAACAUGGGGUCAUAUCUGGAACUCGUCUGGCUUGAUUCCACCUGAGAGGGCGGGAUACCUGCACUGGAUAGCCAAAGCCCAUCCUUCCUUCGCCAAUAACGCACUUGUCUUUGUUCAGGACCUGCUGCUUUCCUCAAGUCCAUGGGCGACAGCGGAUAAAAGACGCAUUACGAGAACACGGCUUGUAUCGGUUGACCGGCCUUUUUAUCUCGGUCGGCCGUACUUCUCCGAUGAGGUUGCGGCAAAGAUCUUGAAUAUGCCCGUUGAGGAGUAUCUUCUGUCAGAUAUUUUGAACGUACUGGAUAAGCAGUAUCGGUACGAUAGGCGGCCUUGUAUACUGGAGGAGACACGGACACUACUGCCUUUCCUUUUGUAUGCUUUUGGGUGGACGCUGAAAUGGGUUGCUCAUGUGGUUGACAAGCUAGGACUGAUUGACAUUCCUGUAUUGAAGGUACCCGAGAUGAAGACGAAGCUUAUCGCCAAGCCUCAGCAGGAAAAGAAGGAGAAUCAGGGAAUAGUGGUUGUUUUGAGGAAAACAGCUUCGCAGUUCAUCAAGAGUCCAGAUAUACCCUGGUUGCCGGUUGCUAAGGUGGAGCCUGUGAUGAAGCCGAAACGGAAUUUCAGCUUCAAGGGGGACAUCAAAGGAAAAUCAAGGGUAGCUAGUAUUGAGCCUGACAAUAAAUGGUAUUGA